AUUUUCAGUCUCUUCGUCUGCACCACUCGCGCUUCCAUCUGUUUCAUUUUCAUCGACGAGAGACUUGACGAGGAGUGUGGCUCGCUGUGCGCAUCUGGACGGCGACCUGACACAUUUGUCUGUCGUUCAGGUAAAUCAUCGUGACAUCCGAAAAUUCUUGGCGCAUUUUGCAGCUUUCUACUUGCUUGAUGACGGUUCCAUACGAUGUUCGUCACUCACUUGGUCCGACAGCGCUUCGUCAGGAUCGACGACGAGCGCGCUCAAUGAAUCCCGCUCAAGGGCUGGACUUGAAUGUUUGUGAAAUCCCUCGUCAAGUGUAGCAUAUACGAAAUGGAGAGCUCCAGACCGCAUGCUCUGCAAGUCCGUACGUCAGCUUGCAGUUCACUCUCCCCAGAGACAUUCGAGUCCUGCUCGUAAGCGGCCAGGUCGCGUCAUGAUGAGGUCCACGGGCAAGGACAGUAUGUACGUCGAUGAGGAUAUGCACACAGGGAGGCAUCGCAGGCGCCUUUGGGCCAUGGUGGCGGACACAGUGGCCUUGUUUACGACUUCUUGGCUCCAAUUACGAGUUCACCGCUCCUUCAUAAAUAGAGGCCCCCCCUUGCCGGCAUGCGCUACCCCUCGACCGACCUUCCACCACCUCCUCCCCACAAGCAACAAUGGCGGAAACGCGUGGAGUAUCGUCCGAUGAGCCGUCUUCGACUGAGGGAGACGACGAGUACGAUGUUUAUCUCUUCUGGCCGUCGCUCCGACGCACGGAGUCUGCGUUCGCGGUGAAUGAGCACAGCAUCUACGGGCCUGUGGCCCCGUCCUUUGGCUAUGACGACUACUUUGACGGACUGUCUUACCUGCCUCCAUCACCGCUCUCGUUCGCGGGCCCCUCCGACUUUCGCUUCCCCAAUGUCGCAGACAAUGGCCAACUCGACGCCCAGCCCCAGCCCCAGCCCCAGCCCCAGUCUGAGUCUCAAUCCAAGUCGCAGCCCGCGACUGGGUACAGCAAGCUCUUCAAAAUGGGCCUGUUCUCGCGGGUUAGCUAUCGCGUCGAUCGCGUCUGGGAUAAAGUCCGCGUGAUCCUUCAAAAGGCCAAAUUGUUUGCAGCGUUUGCGAUCAUACCCAAGGUGUUCAGCAAGGCCAACAAGGGGCGCACGUGGGCGAGAACUUUAAGUGAUUCUGUGAUGCGUACAAUUGUAGGCGCAGGAUGGAAUAUACGACAGAUGGUGUCUGUCUGGGGCAGCACGAGCUUGCUAUACGAGAAGUGGGCACGGCAAGCGAAGUUGGAAGUGCUCUCGGAUGAGAUCGGCGAGGGAGCGAAGCUCCAUUGGGUCGGUCCCCGGAAAUUUGGACGUGUGUUUCUAUAUUUCCAUGGGGGUGGGUUCAGCUUACCCCUUAACCCGCCGGAACACUUGAACUUCCUUCACAAGGUCCAAAAGGACCUCCAGACAUCGGUAGGAGAUGUCGGCGUCAUCGCCUUUGAAUACUCGUUGACUCCUGGCUCUCCGUUCCCGACACAGCUGCGCCAGGCCAAUGCUGCAAUCGCCUAUCUACUCUCCAAGGGUGCGAAUCCUGCGAAUAUCAUCCUUGGGGGGGAUUCUGCAGGCGGAAAUUUAGCCUUGCAAUUUGCGUCCCACAUUUUACACCCUCUUCCGAACAUCCCUGCGCCAUGCACAUCGGGUCCGUUGGGCGGGGCGCUUCUCAUCUCGCCCUGGGUCACCUUUGCCGACUCAUCGGCAUCGUUCGCCGAGAACGACAAGCUCGACACCACGAGCCGGGCAAUCCUCAAUUUCCUCGCGGAGCUCGUUCGCCCAGGAGUCACACCGGAGACCCGCGCGUACUUCGAGCCCAUCGCGGCCGACGAGUCGUGGUGGGCGGGCUUGGACGAGGUGCUCCCUCGGAUUCUCAGCACCGCCGGAGGCGUCGAGUGCUUGCGCGACUCGAUCUUGGCGUUUGGAGAGACGCUGAAGAAGCACGUCAAGGACACGACUGUGGUGCUUGAGAAAAACGGUGUGCACGAAGAUGUCUUGAGAGAUUUUGGGGUAGGGCAGGGCGAGAAGAGCGAGGCUUACAAGCUGGAUAUUGAAUGGCUUCGUGACGCGUUCAGGGGCCGGCGCUGA